AUGACCGAUGCUUGGAGUGAUAGCAAAAGAAGAAUUAUCACGAAUUUGUGUGUGAAUUGUAAAUUGGGAACCACAUUUCUUUCUUCAAAGGAAACUAAUGAUGAUGCUCACACCGGUGAAUACAUCUUUGAAUAUGUCAAUGAAUGUAUUAAAGAGGUUGAAGAGGAAAAUGUGGUUCAAAUUGUAACCGACAAUGCUUCCAAUAACAUGGCCGCCGCGAAUUUGUUAUCAAUCUUCAAAGGAGUGAUUAGGAAGGCAAAAUCAUUUACUAUUUUCAUCUAUGCACAUCAUAAGACUUUGGCACUAACGAGGAAGUUUACAAAAAGGGAGAUAGUUCGGCCGAGACUCACUAGAUUUGCUACAUUUUUCUUAACAUUACAAAGUUUGCUCGAUAAAAAACAAGAGUUGAGAAAUAUGAUGACUAGCAAUGAAUGGGAUAAUACGAAAUGGUCAAAGAGCAAAAAGGGAAAAGAGGCCUUAGAUAUUGUUGUUCCCAAUGAUUUUUGGAUCUUGAUAGACUUGUGUUUGAGAGUGUUUACUCCAUUAGUGAAAGUUCUUAGACUAGUUGAUGGAGAGGAGAAACCUUCAAUGGGAUUUGUUUAUAGAGAGCUACUAAAGACAAAGGAUGUCAUUAUAAAGACGUUGAAGAGGGAAAGUGACAAUAUGCCAAUCUUGAACAUUAUUGAUUUCUUUUCCGAUGCUCAAAUGCAACAUCAUGUGAUAAAUGUUGAGUUGCAAAGAUACACUCAAAAAGAAGGUGCAUUUGGAAGAAAACUAGCAGCAUGUGGAUGUGAGAACAAUACUUCAAGUUACAAUCCGGUUAGUUGGUGGGACUUUUAUGGCAAUGAAACACCAAACUUGAAAUUAAUGGCAAAGAGGAUCCUUGGUUUGACUACUAGUUCAUCCGGUUGUACACACCAAGAAGAGGAAACGCUUAGAUGCCACAAGGAUGAAAACCUAGUUUAUGUUCAAUUUAAUGCAAGGUUGAUGAAAAAAAAGAAGAUGAAGGAUAAAUUAGAAACUUUAUUAGCAAGUAAUGCUACUAAUACACAAUCUUGGAUUGUUGAUGGUUGUGAUGAUGAGGAGGAAGUUGACAAUAUAUUACCAUCUACAAGAGAUAAUAGAAAUUCUCAAGUCGAAAUAAGGGAGCCCGAUGAAGAUGAUUUCGUAUCAGAUGGCACUGAAGAUGACUUGAAUGAAGAAGAGGAGAUUGAAUUAGAAUCUGAUAAAGAGCUAGACUAG